AUGGUACCUAAGAAGUUGCAAUCGAAACGUAAAAAACCGAAAAAAAAGAGAACUCCAUUGGAUCCUGCGGAAGCGCUAGCAAGAAUUCAAAAGAGGGAGGAGAGCUUGAAAAAGCGAAUAAUGAAGGUGGAAGAAACGAAGGAAAUAUUAACCAAACGUAAAACGGAACGAACUGCGAAAAAGAACGCGUUGCGAGACGCGAGAAUAAAAUUGUACGAAAAUCAAGUGAAGAAUCGGUGCAAAACCAUUCAGGAAAAGAGAAUGAUACAGAUCCGCGAGGACAUGAAGUCCAUCCUCGUUGCGGGCGUGGAUAAAGUAAACGCGCUAAAGGUGGUCAACGAUAAGGUCAAACUGGACGGCACGACGAUGAUGAUAAACGGUGUAAAGUACAAGCUGAAGAACAACGUUCACAUGGUCGGCUGGGGCCGUGAGACGUUGAUGUUGGGGGCGUCGUUGGAAAAGCUGAUCGGCAAACACCUUAGGAAGGGUUUCCUGGUAGUGCCGAAAGGGUCGGUAUCCGGUAUGUGGGACAAUCCGCUCUGGUUCCCAGCUUUGAACAGCAGGAUCACCUUCCUCGAAGGCGGCUCAAUGGGUCUGCCAGACGAUAAGUCGGUCGAGGCGACGUGCAGGAUUGCCGAAUACUGCAAGAAGCUGAGAAAGGCUGACGUGCUCCUCGUCGUUCUCUCAGGUGGCACCGAGGCCCUCCUUAACUGCCCUAAAGGGGCGAUCAAACUCACGGAAGCCGAGGAGGUCCUUUCAAUGCUCAAAACCGCAAUGGCUACUCCCCUGGAGGUUAACGCCGUCCGGCACAAGUUGUCCGCUGUUUUCGGUGGCGAACUCGCCCGGCUGGCUUAUCCUGCGAAGGUUGUCACCCUGGUGAUGUCCGACGUUCCUGGGAACCUGCCUCAUCUCAUCGCGGGAUCACCGACCGUUAACGAUCCAGGCAAAAACGCGGCGUUGGCGGUAGUGAGGAAGUACAAGUUGGAGGAGAGCCUGCCGUCCGCCGUCAGGGACGUUUUGUACGAAAAACCCCCGGCGAAGGACCCCCUCGUAAACGAGAAUAACCAGUUCAAAUUCGUCGAUUAUCACGUGCUGGCUGACACUGGCGAUGCGAUUCGGGGGAUGACUGACGCUGCGUUCAGGCUCGGCCUGGUCCCGGUCACCAUCAGUUCCACCGUGGUCGGACCUGUCCGCGAAGUGAGCCGGGCCUACGCCCAGGUCACGGCCUUGAUGAUCCUCGCUGCCGAGGGGAAAAUCAGUAAGCUUGAGAUGUAUGACGCUAUGAAGUUCGACCAGGUUCUACCGCUGAGUGAGGAAAAAGUCAGGGAAAUAUUUCCUAGCAAGGAGAGGUGGGGACUUGGGCUGUGCCUCCUCCUUGGCGGGGCUCCGAGCGCUGAUUUGAGUGAAAAGGGCAGGACUGGGCCCAACCAGGACCUGGCGUUGUACUUUUCCCUUGACUGGUACCUCAAAGUCAAGGAAAAUCCGAUCCUGAAUGACUACGUCGUCUGGUUCCUGGGCGGAAGUACCGCCGGCAUUGACGGAAACACCCAAGCGGCUGGCGCUUACGGAUACGGUAGUCUUGGACCGGCGGUAUUCAAACGCUACAAGGAGCUGACCCAGGAAGAAUCAGCUUUGGAUAUCAAAGUACGUGGAAUGCUUCGGGCGAAUCCAGAAAGCCCUGAAACGCAGAAUGCUGUCAAAAGGUACGAGAGCCUCCGCGAUGAGCUUUCCCGGGUUUCCGCAAUUCUUCCAGACCGAGUUCUGAGGGAACGGAAUGCGAACUUCAUGUUCAUGAACAUCAACGACGGUGACGAACUCCUGAAUCUCGAUUAUACGUAUACGAACGUCUCUGAUCUCCACAUCAUACGUAUCGCUCGGUACCAAUGCAGCUGCGACGGAGAGUGUCUAGCACCCAGAGAGGAGAUACUUUCCCCAAAAGGACUUUGCCAGGAUGAGAAGUGCGUCGCGAACCAGAUGUUACCGAAAAUUUUAGUGCCGCCAAGAAAUCAGUGCUGCGCCAGAUCGGCUGGGCCAAAAUUGAAAAUUUAUUAA